UGACGAGAAAAAUGACUCACUCUUAUUAUUUUGGCGUCAAUGUGAUUUUCUGUUCUGCCUGGAGCUCACUCAUUCGAUAUAAUGCGUCGAUAUGGAGCUGCGAAAAGAGGUAAUAAAAAAAUCAAAGAACAAUGCGCUUCAAGAGCGAGAAACAAGAGUCGCUGGUGCAUUUAUCAAACGAAAGUUGGUGAAUUUGAAAAUUUGCGCGACUUUUGUGCAGUUUUUUUUUGUUUUACCGUUCUUUCGGAAAUGUAUAGGGUGUCCCAUAACUGGCGGAAAAAGAAUGAUUCUACGUGAAGAAAUAAGUCGGAAACUUGGAAUGAAGUUCUUUUCAUAUGAGGUUUUGUUUUCGACUAAAUCGACUUUAAAAAUUCAUCAGAUAUGCACUUAAUUGUGUCUUGUUAGAUCUCGUUGUACAAACUAUUAUCUGUGCUCAUGUUUGUAUUGGGCAAUCAAGAAUACACAACAGGAUAUUCACGCGUGAAUUUGAUUACUUCAUGAAUUGAGAAUGUCGAUCGUUCUAUGUCGAAUACACGUUUCUGCUCUUCGAAAUAAAUUUUUACAAUUCAACUUAUCAAACGCUAAACUAAUCUCUUUUUUUAAUUGCUCGAUAUUUGUAAUUUCUUCAAAAUAAGCAAUUGAUUUAAUGUGACUCCAUAAACAAAAAAAAAAUCGGAAACAAACCUUGUAUAAAAAAAGUUUAUUCUACGUUUAUUCUACGUUUUCGACCUUUUUUCAUGUAGAAUCUCUCCUUCCGAUUGUAUCACCAGUUAUGGAAUACCCAUAUCCAGCAGAAUGCCAUAAGAAAUGAAAACAACAUGCUAGCUACUGUUACCCGGAAGCUAGUGUGUUGCUUUGAUUUCACACAACAAUAUCCGCUGGUUUAAUUGAGCCGAUUUGUUGACCGGCGGAUUGUUUACAUCGCGAACAAUUGACACGUAUGACAUUCCCGAGUACACACGCCAGUCUAUUCGGGCCCACGUCGCCGUCGACGUCGCGUCUCGAGCUGCAUGUGCCUCACGUCGUUCUCCAACGUAGUGAGUAUCUAAUUUCAACAACAGAAAGAAAAGAAAAAAAACAACGCCUGUCACUUGACGAAAAUUCGCAUCACCGCGCGGUUCGAGGAUCCCCGCGGGCUCAAGAACUUCGCGUGUCCUCGAUUAAGGGGUCCUUGCACAGUCCUACCAGCGGGUCAGAGCAUACCCGCGUGCGUGUACGUGCGUGCGUGCGUGUUGCGCCAUGUAUAAAUGUUGAUAACUAGUUAAUAGGAGUGUGGAAUGUACACGUGAGGACGCGUCGCGCAGUCGAUCGCCAGGCUCCUAGAUCCUAGAUCGUAUAUCUACCACGCCGACCGGCGUACCUAGGCCAGCACUUGGUCUAAGGCUGUGUACAUAUAGUACGCCCCCGCGUUAGAGUUUAUUUAAGGUAUAUAGUUUGUACGUUGAACUAUACAUAUAUAUAUAUUAUAUACAUAUUAUAUAUAUAUAUAUAUAUAUAUAUAUAUUAUUAUUACGACGAAAUAAUAUAACGGUCACUGUCUUUACCAAGCUGAUAGUAUCGUCAUGCCUCAUGUAUCGCAUUAAACGGACAUAUUAAUACUCGCGUGUUCGUACCAUCCCCGAAUUAUACACGGCGUUUACAGCCUUGGUCCUGCUUUACGAUCCAUGCGCUCUUGCGGUCUUCUGGCGGAUUUCACUAGCUGGAAAAAAAAUAUAAGUCGAAAGAGAAACUCGAAAAUCGAGACAUAAGACGUAUUUGCGAUGUCUGAAGGCUCCUUAAAAUCCUCCAUUCUGAUGUCACAGACUCGACAUGAUCGGCAUACAAAGAACCUGAAAGUAUGAGGUACUCAGACGGUAAAACUUGUCUUUUUCUUAUAGUGGAUAGUCGAAAGAAUAUUUUGCUGCAAAACCCUGCUGAUUUAUUUAUUUUUAAUAUGUCUAAAGCUUGUUUAAAUCUUAGAGUUUCCAUUAUAUUCCGAGAGUUUCCCUACUGUUAGAAUUUAAAAGGAUUCCUAAAAAAAUUAGUUUAUGAGCCAAGUACUUUUUUAACCUUUAGACUGCCGGGAAAGCUACAAAAGUGGUGUUAUAGUCACAAAAGUGGCUUUCCCGGCAGUUUAAAGGUUAAUCUCCGAGUGUCGUGAUUCGAUCGACGAGAAACGGAGAAAAAGGGGGAGAAGGAGGAGAGAAAAAUAGCACAUCGCCGUCGUAACGGCUGGUCGGAAAAUUGCGCGAUAUCGAUGGCGACUCAAUACGUUGUUAUGUUCCGCACUCUUCAUUAUUCAAUUGACAACAAUUUGCCGCGUCGUUCGAAGAUAUACGCGCGCGUUCUCGCGUCUUUGCCGUCGCGUUCCUCACGUUCGUCGCGCGAUCGGUCGAUAUUCCUCGGUCGUCGAUAUUCUUCUUUUUCCUUUUCUUCCGUUUUCAGGCGACCUCACACGCGGCAGCUCGCGGUGAACCAAAUAGCAAAGUACGAGAAACGCGCGCAUGUGUGUGCCUGUGUGCGUGCUUGUGUGUCCGCGUUAGCAGAGAGAGGUACACGUUCCUCGGGGUUGUUCCCCCAAGAACGGUGGCAUAAAGCUGCGGCCGUAUAAACACGCCGUUACGUUGAUCUCGCAGUUAGCAUAAAUGCAUAUGCAGCGUACAAAGUGGAGGCACUCUGAAUACUUGUUGCGAGCGUAUGCAUAUGCGAUCAACGUUACGCCGGUGAUCUACAUACGCGCCGGUUGAUAGUGCAAAAUGACGAGCGCAAAAAUGGGACAAACGGAUCCGAGCGCGGUGUCGGCGAUGUAUAUUCAUUAAAAAGCGAGCGCGGGAGGAGAGCCCGGAGAGUUUCGGGGUCUCGCACGACCGCGACCCAAUUUGUCGCCGUUCACGUCGUCAUCGCCGUCGUCGUCGCCGUCGUUCGUCAGUGAGGAAAUUUCGCCCGCACCACCGCGAAACCGUGAAGAAGCAGGCCGACGCGAUCGCGCCGCGUCACGAACGUGACGGCCCGGAUUGAAGAGGAGAGGGAGGCGACGACUCCGGUCGAAGUGCACCAAGUACUCGCCACGUCGUUCCUCUUCCGUGUUUUAUAGGAAAACACACACCUCCGCGCGCGAACGAUUAGCGUUUCCUUAUUUUCGCUAUCGAUGACGUGCGCGCUGCCUGUGACUAAUCGGCAGAACCAAUAUUUAAAUUCAACUUCCAGCCCCUUCUCUCCCCUUUUCGCGCAUGGGGAGACGAAUGAGACCCCACGAGUGUGUUCUCAAGUGGAUCCGCGCGGCGUGUUUGCACACGCGUUCAUGCAUUAUCGCUCUUUCGUUCUAUCUUGAUGGCAUCUAUAUUGCGAACAAGGUGCGCACGUUUUACGGAAGAAGAAAAAUGGACGAUUUUUUCAAACGGAUGAACUUUCACAUCAAGGCUUCUGGGUCCCUCGUCGCAGAGUUCUUGAUUGAUGACGAAUCAGAAGAGCGGGAAAACGCGCGCCAUUUUCAGAUAAAGAUAUGUUUGUAUGGGAGAAAAUACUUGUGGGAUAGCUUGAUCAUACUUGUAGAACGCUCCGAAAAGUAUCAUUUUCUCUGGACAGUCAAUAAAUAAAAUAAAAUUGACGUGACAUGCAACUUUCCUCUUUAAACUAUCUUUCUUUUCGUCACAUUGAUUUUACAGUUUUUUAUCAACUGUUAAGGGAAAAGGAUAGUUUUUGGAGCAUUUUACAAGUAUAGUAUAUCAAGUGAUCUGAAGUGUUCUCUUAUUCAAAUAUCUUUUUAUUUGAAAUUAGUACGCAAGAAUUUUCGAUCUAUCAUUUCUCGCGUCAGACGUUAUGAUCGAACGUGGCCUCGGCGAGUAUCUAGGAAUCCAAAAUAUCCGGGCGUUCACUACGAAGGAGACGAGCAAGAAGAGAUGUUCUCCUCAAUCUGAAAGACACCAAACACUCCGCAAUCUUUAUCUUCACAAACUCUUAGCUACUUGCCGCAACCAUCCUGAUUUAUAACGUCAAUGAUAAAGCUUCUCACUUCUCACGAAGUGGCAAAGUACACGCUUAAGAUUUUCGCAAAAUAUCGAGAAAUAAGCUCUGUGAUUAUGAAACAAUUCAACUGGACACAUGGCGAUUUCGCGCGUCGAGCCGCGCUGCUACUGCGCCUGCGCGCGAGCGAGUAGACCCGUUCAGUCGGGCGCGCGCCAUUGGUCGGCCGGCCAACCGGUCACGGAAAUUCAAUUCCCGCUACGUCUUUCCCUCGUCUCUUUCUCUCUUUCACUUUCUCUCUCUCUCUCUCUUUCUUUCUUUCUUUCUCUCUCCCUGUUGCCGUGUCUUGCCGUUCACCUUACGCGUACAACCAGAAAGAACGGCGGACGAAUGAGCGCGCGAGCGAGACGCACGGCGUUUCCCAAGGGAAGCCCGUUGUGGUCUCGCAGGCUGGCCGAGUGUCAGUACGUCGGCGGCGUCGGUCUCGCGCGCACGAUCGCCAUUUCCUUUUUAGCCUCCGCGGCUCUGUGUAAACACACGCGCGCGUUCCAGUCUUCCUGCUCUUCCUUCCUCCUCGCGAAAAGCCGGCCGGAGAUGAGCUACGUGGGCUGAGGAGGUGAGCGCGCGCAGUCGGGAUCCCUCUCGCGACUGAGAACGGCCACGACGCUGUUGUCCGUGCGGGUGGUGCGCGUCGAGCGAUCGAUUCGGAGCUUAGCAGCCAGCAGAACGGAGCUGCCAUCACAGCGACUACUCCACAUGUGGACAUCGCCGUCCCGACUCAGGAUCGGCCGGGCACCCAGGAAAAAGACUCAGCCUUAAGUUGAUAGCUGCGCCAACAGCUGUCGUGGCCGGUGAAGAAUGGAGAAUACCGAUGGAUCCAGGAGGAAGCUCUCCUUCCUCGGCUUCGGUAAACGGGUAUCGGUCGACGGGCAUGGCGCGGAAACGGGACCAGAACUCGACGAGGAGAUGGAGAAGGUCUUCGCGAUGGAUGCUGGAGAGAAGUUCGACGUAGCCCGGCUAGGCUCACCCUCGGAGUCCGUUGGAUCGGAUCGAGAUCGCGGGCCGCCGUCGCGAUAUGGCGAUCGUGACUUCAAUCAACACCGGAAAAGAAGUUACCCUCACCCGCACAUGCCCCUGAAGAGCCUGCAUUCCAGAUCUAUGCGACGACACCUCUCACCUGAAGGAUCGGCGGCGGAAGUAUCCACUGAGGAAGACCACAGUAAUGUCCAGCCGAGGAGCAACGAGCUGCAAGAAGUCGAUGGGAUCAACAACGCGUUGCAGCCGGCCGGUACAAUCGAGGCCGAUGCUGAAGUGGAUGAGGAAACGGCGGAGGAAACUGAAAACGUGAUCAGCAGCGAGAGCGAGGCUCCUAUCUCGGAAAGGGCGGCUUCUUGUUUCAGCGAUAGCCCGUCAAUCGGCAGCCCGCGAGUACAGUUCGAGAAGAUCAAGGAAGAGGAGGUAUCAUGCGCGCAAACCCCAGAAACGCCGGCGGAUACCACAUCAGGUGGCCACGAAGAGGACCGCAAGUGCCGACGGCACCAGAAACACGAGCACAAACGCCAUCAUCACAAGUCCCGCAAGUACUCUCUGCAGGAGGACCCGCAAUGGCGAAAACGCUCUGGAGCCGGUCUGCCGGACAACUCCGGCCUGUUGACUCGUCGCGUCAGCGUGCAGCCGGAGGAGGCGAGCACUCUCCAGGAGCUCGACAUCGACGACCUGGAGUCGCACCGCAGCGACGAUCCGCGUGGCAUGCGUCGGCACAAAGCGGCCCACUCGGUGGUGCAGAUCGGCCGGCGGAAGGAGGGCGGUAUCCCUCACGAUACCUUCAAGAAGAUGUACGAUCAUUCGCCGCACGAGGUGUUCGUCCAACUGGACGAGCUGCACGGCAUGGGCGAGGAGCGUGAGUGGAGAGAGACCGCCCGCUGGAUCAAAUAUGAGGAAGACGUCGAAGAGGGUGCUGAUAGAUGGGGCAGACCUCAUGUGGCCUCCCUGAGCUUUCACUCUCUGUUGAAUCUCCGCCGUUGUCUUGAGACCGGCGUAGUCCUUCUCGACCUGGAAGAGAAGGACCUGCCUGGGCUGGCCUACAGGGUGGUCGAGCAGAUGGUCGUCGAGGAGCUGAUCCUGGCCGAGGACAGACCGGUCGUGAUGCGAGCGCUGCUGCUCAGACAUCGACACGUGCAUGAGCAUGAACGGGGCUUCCGUUUCGGCGCUAAGAGGAGUUAUUCCAGCUACACCAGCCUUCAGUCCAUCUGGCUGGAGGAAGAAGAUGCUGCGCGGGAAGUCGCUGAGAACCAUGUAACCCAACAUAAUUUACACGACGCAAAGCCGAAGAUCGUGUCGUCGAACUUGGCCCUGGACAGUAAUCAUGUCGUGGUUGAUGUCAAGGAGGAACUAACAUACACGAGCAGCAACGAGGAUCUGAAGAAAAGUCACAACGAGUACAUUCUGAAGAGGAUCCCAGCUGGUGCUGAGGCAACGGUUGUUCUCGUCGGUGCCGUUGACUUCCUGGACCAGCCGACAAUAGCUUUCGUACGACUGGCUGAAGGUGUGUUCAUGCCGUCCAUCACGGAAGUCACGAUACCGGUGAGGUUCAUGUUCACCCUACUGGGACCGAGGAACGCAGAUCUGGAUUACCAUGAGAUCGGUCGGUCUAUCUCUACUCUGAUGGCGAACACGUCAUUCCACAAAGUCGCGUACAAGGCCACCGAGAGACGAGAAUUAUUGUCAGCUAUCAACGAGUUCUUGGACGAUUCGAUCGUACUGCCACCCGGUGACUGGGAAAGACAAGCGCUGCUGCCUUUCGACGAGCUCAAGGCGAAGAGCGAAGCCAUCAGGAAGAGAAAGGCGAAGGCGCUCGAGGAGAAGACCAAACCAGUGCAAAGUGAAACAGCUGUAAAGAAAGCUCUCUUAGCAGGCGAGGAAGAGAAGAAACCACCAGAAGACGAUGACGAUCCGCUGCGGCGCACCAGACGACCAUUCGGCGGCCUCAUCAACGACAUCAAGCGUCGCUAUCCUUUUUACUUGUCAGAUUUUACGGAUGGUCUUAACUCGUCCUGUCUUGCGGCUGCUAUUUUCAUGUACUUCGCCGCACUCUGUACCGCCAUCACCUUCGGCGGCCUGAUGAGCGACAAAACGCAGAAUGUAAUCGGCAUCUCCGAGACUCUGGUCUCUGGCUCGUGGACAGGUGUGGUGAUGGCGUUGUUCGCCACCCAACCGCUGGUCAUCAUCGGCACGACCGGUCCACUGUUGCUAUUCGACGAAAGCUUGUACAACUUCUGCAUAGCGAACGAGCUCGAGUUUCUCACUGUUCGAGUGUAUGUGGGUGCUUGGAUGGGCAUUAUCGCCCUGGUGAUCGCCUGCGUGGAAGGCUCUGUCCUCGUGCGGCUCUUCACACGCUUCACGGAGGAAAUCUUCACCGGACUGAUCUCCAUUCUUUACAUCGUCGAAACGUUCAUCAAGCUCUACAAUUACUUUGUGCGCAACCCCCUCCUUCACGAAUAUAGCUUCGGGCCGAACAUCAACGACACCGCCUACCCGCUAUACGUCACCGAGAUGAAAAUCACUACGUGGAAUGAGAGCGAGAUGACGUAUCGCUUGGAGAAUGCCAGCGAGCUGGUACCGAGGUACGACAUCGCCGGGCUGCUGAUCAAUCAACCCAAUACGGCUCUGAUGUGUACGAUCCUUUGUCUCGGUACCUUCCUGGGUGCCUACUAUCUGAGAAUCUUCCGCAACAGCCAUUACUUGGGCCGUAGCGCUCGUAGAGCCUUCGGUGACUUUGGCGUGCCAAUCAGUAUAAUCGUUUUCGUCCUGAUCGAUUACUUGGCUACGGUGAAGACAGAGAAGCUGCUGGUCCCCGAAGGACUCACCCCGACAGAACCCGACAGAAGCUGGUUCGUAUCGCCCGCCGGUAUGGAGAAACCAAUUCCGUUCUGGAUGGCGUUAGCUUGCGUGGUGCCCGCUUUGCUAGUCUACAUUUUGGUAUUCAUGGAGACUCAAAUAUCGGAAUUGAUCAUCGACAAGAAAGAGCGCAAGCUGCGGAAGGGUAACGGCUACCACAUGGACAUAGUCGUGGUGUGUCUGAUGAAUGUGGGAUGCGGUCUAAUGGGUGCACCGUGGUGUUCCGCUGCGUCGGUGCGCUCCCUGACGCAUGUGUCGGCUGUGACCGUGAUGUCGCGCACGCAUGCACCAGGCGACAAGCCUCACAUCGUCGAGGUGAAGGAGCAGAGGGUGAGCGCUCUUUUAGUUGCCAUACUGAUAGGCGUGAGCGUGCUGAUGGCGCCGCUACUGCGACGAGUGCCGAUGUCCGUCUUGCUGGGUGUAUUUCUCUACAUGGGCAUCUCGUCGACGAAUGGCGUGCAACUGUUCGACCGUGUCAAGCUGUUCUUCAUGCCAGUCAAGCAUCACGGCACGGCCAAAUACGUGCGUCGCGUCCAAACUUACAAGAUGCACGUGUUCACCUUAAUACAGAUUCUGUGCCUGGCCGUGCUGUGGAUCGUGAAAAGCACCAGGGCCGCGCUGGCCCUGCCGUUCUUCCUCAUCCUGAUGAUCCCGCUGCGCGCUCAGAUGAGCCACUUCUUCACUGUCGCGGAGCUACGCGCCCUCGACAGCAAGGGGUCCGAACACGAAAACGAGUUGGACUUCUACGAGGAGGCUCCACUACCUGGUUAGACUGUGCCUUAAUCGAACUCUAUCGCGCGACGUGUCUCUCUCUGGACUCACUUGUCCUGUACCUUCCGAAACUAUUAAACUCGUAUACCUGUCUCGCAUCAGGGUCUUUUAAGAGGAAGAGAAGAAAAAAAAACACAGAAAGACAGAAGGAACAAGCGUCCAGCUGCGUUCUGUUCGACAGCAUUUGUAAUUUUAUUUUCGUCAGAUUGGAAUAUAUAACAUAUUCCGGGUCCAUUGAUAGAGAAACUGUUAAGCGGCGUGAUUGUAGUUCAAGAUAGAGAUAAGAUAUGCGUAUAGAGGUUCACCGACGGUCGUCAGAUCAUCGAUAUCUCUCGUUUGUGCGGAUUCUUAGUUGCACGAGUCCUUUUGUUUACGCAUAAUCCUCGCUUCCAUAGUUCCUUCGUUCUGGCGAUCUUGGACUUUGCACGGAUCUCCUGGCCUCUGUGUAUCACGUCAAUCCAACAUAGGUCUACCGCAGAUUCCGCAACGUUUACGCGAAUAUAUUAGCUUCCCCGAAUCUCUUGAUACGUUUUGGAUCUUCAGCUAUUACGUGCAUCCCAAUAAACACUAGCCAACAGUAACAUUAUAUCAAUUUAAUCUAUAUUAUCUCGCUAUAAUGCACAAUUGUUACAUGUAUGUAACUGUUACAUACAUGUAUUAUAAUAUUAUCUAGAUAUUAAUAUCUAGACGUUAAUAUUAUCCGAAUUGCACAAGAUAUUUUUAAAUAAACAUUGAAAAUUUGUCCAAGAUGCCCUCAGGAGUACACUAGAACGUAUUAAACACAUCCAGGACAUUUUGUACUAUUUGGGUGCAUUUACAUUGAAUGAGAAAUUAUAUCAUUGACAUAAUGUUACUCUUAGUUGAUAUUUACUGGGAUAUUACUAACGAAGACACUCGGUCCUUCAUUUCGCGUGUCUUUGACUCUGCGAGCGCGACGUUUCGCGGUUCUCGCUUUUAUGCUUCAGUUUUGAUAGUCGUUUUUUUUCAACUAUUCGGUAACUAUUCGGUUCUUGUUGCUAAGGUGCGUGCAUGUUCGGUUCCCACAGCUGCUUCGUAAUGUAAAAGCCCGACUACGCGUUGCGAGGCGAUUGAAUUGCUCGGGCAUGCCUAAUGAGUGCUAGGAUAAUGUUUGCGUUCUUGAAAUUAUAUGGAAAACCGGUGCCUCUGAGUGCCUCAUGUUUGCGCUCGACGAUACAAUGCUCAGGAAACGUUAAUGUAAUGGCACGCGUAAGGAUAGUGCCAAAAAAAAAUAAAAAAAAAGAAAUCGAGAUAUUGCGAGGACGACAUAAUUUGGCUAGUGGCGAACCAGAUCGUCACGUGAGAAACAAUUGUCCUGCGCGUCCCUCCUUCCGCGUAUGUUACACACGUAGUUCCUUCGAGUUCUUCUCGAGAAAUAACUACGAGGAGUUCAUGAAUAUCUCACAGAAGUCUCUCUCGAGUUUUUCUAAGUCCCCGCGGAUUUCUCGCGUUUCAGGAUUAUUCCUCCUUCUCGUGAUCGUGUGUAGAUUCGCGAACCUUCAUAGACAGCUUGAAUAUGUACGCAUUGCGAAAAGAAUCUUCCUGAUUCUCUUCGUAUUCUACCGAUUUCGUCGAUUUCGCAUCUCAUCGGUCAUCGAUUUCACGACGACCUGCGUGAAUUUUAGGCCUUAAAGAGCGGCACUGCUCUGCACGAUGAUCCUUCCAAAAAAAAAAAAAAGAAAAGAAACUCUUCCAUCUAUACACUUUUGAGUCCAACCUCCGACUCUUACGCCCUCCGUCGCUCUCCCUGCUCGCGUAAUACACAUAUCCUCAGAUUCGUAGGUACUAAUGUACACUUAUUCUUACAUACAUAUAUAAAUAGAUGUAUACACGAAUUUCUACACGUUUCCUUUAUUUGCACGGGUACUUACACUCACAGAUACUUAAGUAAAGAAAGAGAGAGAAAGAGGGAGGAGAGAGAGAGAGAGAGAGAGAGAGAAAGAUUCUUGCAUAUUUUUAUAUAUCUCUCUACAGACACGUCGAUGAGUUCUCGAGCCUCGUAAAUUUUCGCAUAGAUAGAUCCUGCGCGCGUCUCGAUCGUAAAUUCUCGAGCGUGUGACUCGACGAAGAAGCGUCGUGACGUUUACCUUACUAAACUUUAAUCCAAAUCUGUACGUCCUGCGGAUUUUACCGAAUCGGUGCUCGCGCGCGAGCUUACUUACUGACCUAUUCACGAUUUUAAUCUUGUUCUUUUUUAUUUUUAAUCUUUUUACUCGCUUGAAACCUGAAGAGGAUAAGGUUCGCAUGAAUGCUCACGUUUCAGGCAAGACCAAGCGAUCGAUGACGCUAUAAUUAGAGCUGAUCCGAACUAUAGUAAGGAAUAAGGCUGGUGAGAAAGGCGGUGUUAUAGUUAACUAAAUGAACUAUUUUCGAACAAAUAGAGGAUAUAUAUAUAUAUACACACACAUAUAUAUAAAUAUACAUAUUAUAUAUAUAUAUAAAUAUAGAGGAUACACUGUAUUUUCAUUCGUUAGAGUAUUUUACUAAAAAAAAACUUCUGUAAAGUCGUUUCUGCUUCAUACAGAUUUGACGAUUGUUAAUUAAUUAGUCGAUAGCAGAAAGAGAAAAAUAAAGAGAGGAAAAGAAGGAUGGGAGAGGUGACACUUAACAUUGUGAUAGCGAACAAGAAUCGCUCAGAAACAAGAUGGUACCUACGAGCACUUAAUGUUAGUAACAACUUUGUAACUCAGACUCUAAUUAGCGACGUUUAAUCGAUCCGUAGACUAUUAUCGAUAUACAGACGCGCGCACACAUACAUACCAUACAUACACGUGUAGGUACGUUACUGUAUCGUUGGUAUUGCGUUGUAACGAGAGAUUAUCGAGGUAAAUAUUGUUAUGGUGCGACAGAAUAAUUGUAAAUAAUCUAGUUAACGUGCAGUAUUAAAGAAAAAGAAAGAGAGAGAGAGAAUAAUAAUUAGCAAUAGGCUCUCAGUAGCUGAUUUACGCCUUAAAUUAGCGAAUGAAGAAAUAAAACGUAUUUUAAUUGC